CGGCGGCACCGCGGGCCCGACCCGGCCCGGCCGCUCCCAGCGGCGCUUCCCGGCACCCGCGGCCAGCACCGGCGCCUGCCAGGGCCGCCCUGCCCGCCACCUGCGUUCUCUUCUUAGGGAGAGUUUGGCGUUUAGUGAUCUCAGGACGAUGUGAGAGCAGUGACUUAGGAAAGAGGAACCACAGAAAAUGAGUGGCUUGUGAGCUUGCAGAUAAGCCUGAGAGUCACAACAUCGGACAGCUGGAAAGUGCAGAUCUAGGAAGAAAACCUGAUACAGCCUGAAAAUGUUUAACAAAUCCUUUGGAACUCCAUUUGGAGGCAGCACCGGCUUUGGGACAACUUCAACUUUUGGGCAAAAUGCUGGCUUUGGUACCACCAGCGGAGGAGCCUUCGGGACCUCGGCCUUCGGCUCCAGCAACAACACGGGCAGCCUGUUCGGGAGCACGCAGACAAAGCCAGGAGGGUUGUUUGGGUCCACCACGUUCAACCAACCAGCCACCUCCUCCACCAGCACUGGCUUUGGCUUUGGAACAUCCACUGGGACAUCAAACAGCCUCUUCGGAACCACCAGCACCGGUGGAAGCCUCUUCUCAUCCCAGAAUAAUGCCUUUGCACAGAACAAACCAGCUGGUUUUGGAAACUUUGGUACGAGCACCAGCAGUGGAGGGCUCUUUGGGACCACCAACACCACUUCCAACCCUUUUGGGAGCACAUCUGGCUCUCUCUUUGGCCCAACCAGCUUUACUGCUGCUCCAACUGGCACGACUAUUAAAUUUAAUCCCCCGACCGGCACCGACACCAUGGUGAAAUCCGGCGUCAGCACCAACAUCAACACCAAGCACCAGUGCAUCACUGCCAUGAAGGAGUACGAGAGCAAGUCCCUCGAGGAACUCCGUUUGGAAGACUACCAGGCAAAUAGGAAAGGGCCCACGAAUCCUGUAGGAGCAGGAGCAACUGCUGGCUUGUUUGGCUCUUCCACUGCCACAUCCAGCACAGCCACAGGACUUUUUGGCUCUUCCACUACCAAUACAGGCUUCUCCUAUGGACAGAAUAAAACUGCUUUUGGAACCAGUACGACCGGCUUUGGCACAGGCACCACCGGGGGGCUCUUUGGGCAGCAGUCCCAGACCACGAGUCUGUUCAACAAACCCUUCGGCCAGGCCACCACCACGCAGAACACCGGCUUCUCCUUCGGGGGCACCAGCACCCUGGGCCAGCCCAACACCAACACCAUGGGUCUCUUUGGGGUCACCCAGCCCUCGCAGCCUGGAGGCCUUUUUGGGACAGCUGCCAAUACAAAUGCUGGGACUGGAUUUGGAACGGGAACUGGCCUUUUUGGACAAGCCAACACGGGAUUUGGUGUUGGUGGUUCGACCCUGUUUGGGAACAAGCCUGCUGGAUUUGGAGCCACCACGACCAGCGCUCCCUCGUUUGGUACCACCACGGGCGGGGGCCUCUUCGGUUUUGGUGCCAACACUGCUGGAAAUAGCUUGUUUGGAAAUAAGCCUGCGACUGGGACUCUGGGGACUGGACUUGGAACAGGGUUUGGAACAGCUCUGGGGGCAGGACAGACGUCCUUGUUUGGAAACACCCAGCCAAAGCUGGGGGGAACGCUGGGGACGGGAGCGUUCGGAGCCCCAGGAUUCAACACAUCCACUGCUACCCUGGGCUUCGGGGCCCCUCAGCCUGCUGUAGCUCUGACAGACCCCAACGCCUCUGCAGCCCAGCAAGCUGUCCUCCAGCAGCACCUCAACAGCCUGACCUACUCACCCUUUGGGGACUCCCCUCUCUUCAGAAACCCCAUGUCAGACCCGAAGAAGAAGGAAGAGAGGCUGAAGCCAACCAACCCAGCAGCCCAGAAGGCCCUGACGACCCCCACCCACUACAAGCUGACCCCACGCCCCGCGACCAGAGUGCGGCCCAAGGCCCUGCAGUCAGCAGGCUCGGCCAAAUCCCAGCUCUUUGAUGGGCUGGAUGAUGAUGAGCCCUCCCUGUCCAAUGGAGCCUUCAUGCCAAAGAAGAGCAUCAAGAAGCUGGUUCUGAAGAACCUCAGCAGCAGCAACCUGUUCUCUCCCGUGAGCCGAGAGAACGAGGACCUGGCGUCGCCGUCGGAGUACCCGGAGAAUGGGGACAGGUUCUUCCUGUCGGUGCCUCCCGAGGAGAACCACAGGCAGGACGGGGAGCGGGAGGAGGAGGAGGAGGCCCACGAGGUGACCAGGUUUUACACCAACCCCAUUGCCAAGCCCAUCCCCCAGAGCCUGGAGGGCAGCGGGCACAAGCCCCACUCGAGCGUGGACGACACCAUCGUGGCGCUGAACAUGCGCGCGGCGCUGCGCAACGGGCUGGAGGGCAGCAGCGAGGACGCCUCCUUCCAGGAGGAUUCCCUGCAGGAGGAGUGGGACAAGGAGAUCGAGCCUGGGGCCCAGCUGCAUCCUGCAGGGAUUGUCCUGACACGAGCUGGCUACUACACCAUCCCGACCCUGGAGGAGCUGGCCCGGCUGACCAACGACAGGAAGGAAUGUAUCGUGACAGACUUCACCAUCGGCCGCACGGGUUAUGGAUCGAUUUACUUCGAAGGAGAGAUAAAUCUAACAAACUUAAACCUGGAUGAGAUUGUACAUAUCCGGAGAAAAGAAGUUAUUGUUUACCCUGACGACGAAAAAAAACCUCCCAUUGGGGAAGGGUUAAAUAGGCGAGCCGAGGUGACCCUGGACGGGGUGUGGCCCACGGACAAGACGUCGCGGUGCCUGAUCAAGAGCCCCGAGCGGCUGGCCGAGAUGGACUACGAGGGCCGGCUGGAGGCCGUGUCCCGCAAGCAGGGCGCGCGCUUCAAGGAGUACCGCCCCGAGACCGGCUCCUGGGUCUUCAAGGUAGCACACUUUUCCAAGUAUGGCUUGCAAGAUUCUGAUGAGGAAGAAGAAGAUCAUCCUUUAAAAGUGGACACCAAGAAGUUAAAGACCACACCUGUGCCACCCCCAGGGCACCUGCCACCCCAGCAGAUGGCCCUGAAUGGCAAACCAGCGCCCCCGGCUCAGCCCCCGGAGCUGGAGCAGCUGGGCAGGGUGGUGGAGCUGGACAGUGACAUGGCAGACGUCACCCAGGAGCCAGCCCAGGAGCCCUUGGCAGAGGACGCCCUGGCCGAGGAGCAGGAGGCGGUGCCGGCGUCCACGCACAUCGCAUCCACGCAGGGCAUCAACCCCUACGUCCUGCAGAUCAUGAAAGCUUCCUUGCUUGCUGAUGACGACGACCUGGAUUUGAUCCUGGAUUAUCCUGGGAAGCAGCCUGUCAAGAUGGAUGCUUCCCAAGAGAUCUGCUCCCCAAGGCUUCCCAUUUCAAAAUCACAAGGACAGAAGAGACACUCAGCUGCUGGGCUGCUGCAAUCCAAGUUUGCCAAUGUACUUUUCCAAGCACCGAGUGCUGCUGUGGCAGAUGCCAAGGGCCCGAGGACUUUGGGCAGUCCCCCCUCUGCUGCGUCUCCGCUGGCCUCGGCGUUCGCGGUGCCCGCGGCGGUGCCCGAGGUGCAGGUGAGGACGGUGGGGGCGCGCAGGCAGCGCGGGCUCGUCCCUCUGGAGAGGUCCAUCACCUAUGGAAAAGGGAAGCUCCUGAUGGACAUGGGACUCUUCGUGGGCCGCUCCUUCCGUGUUGGCUGGGGACCCAACUGGACGCUGGCCAAUUGCGGAGAUCAGUUGAGUGGCUCGAGUGAAGUGGAAGAUGCUCAGUUUGAGCCCGUGGAAUACGGAUUCCUGCCGACUCCUGUGGCUCCCAAAUCACUCACAGAAUCCCCUUUCAAAGUUCACGUGGAAAAGUUGAGCCUGGAACAAUGGAAGAUGGACAGAGACAAGGAGCUGUAUCUCACCCCUCUGGAGAUAAAGCUGAAGCACAGCACUGUCCAUAUGGAUGAGCCCUGUCCUCUCCUGGCCCCCAACCCUGGAGUCUCUGCUAUCCAUGACUAUGCUGACUGGGCCAGGAAAGCAUCCGAGGAUCCCACUGUGGCAGAGACCAUUGUGAAGCACUGGUGCUUGGCCUGGACGCUAUGUGAGGCCAUCUGGGGCAAGCUGAAGGAGCUGGAGGCCAGCCUGGAGGAGCCCAGCGAGUACGUGCUGGCGCUGGAGCGGCGCAGGGCGUUCUCGCGGUGGCUGUCGGAGACGGCGGCCGGGCGCAUCGAGGAGGAGGUGGCCCUGGCCCGGCACGGCAGCCACGUCGAGGCCGUGUUCAGCUGCCUCACGGGCAAGAGGAUCGGCGAGGCCUGCAGGCUGGCACAGCAGGCAGGUGACCACCGGCUGGCGCUGCUGCUGUCGCAGCUGGCCGGGAGCCAGCCCGUGCGGGACCUGCUGACGCUGCAGCUGGUGGACUGGCACCGCCUGCACAGCGACCGCUUCAUCCAGGAGGAGCGGCUGCGCCUCUUCGCCCUGCUCGCGGGCAAGCCGGUGUGGCAGCUCUCCGAGAGGAUCAGCGUCAACGUGUGCUCGCUGCUGGACUGGAAGCGCUGCGUGGCCGUGCACCUGUGGUACCUGCUGCCCCCCACGGCCUCCAUCUCCAAGGCUCUGGCCAUGUACGAGUCGGCCUUUCAGAACACCUCAGAGUGUGAAAAAUACGCCUGCUGUCCUCUGCCUCCCUACCUGGAAGAUUCUGGGUAUGUCAUUGAGGAAGAUGACAGUGGUGGAAGGCCCCUGAGAGAUGUCUGCUUCCAUUUGUUAAAGCUCUACAGUGACAGGUCCUAUGAGCUUGACCAGCUGCUGGAUCCCAGGAGUGUGACCUCUGACCCGCUGGAUUUCCGCCUCAGCUGGCACCUGUGGGAGGUGCUCCGGGCCCUGAACUACUGCCACCUGUCCCAGCAGAGCUGGGGGGUGCUCAACACCAGUUAUGCUGCCCAGCUGGAGAGCGAGGGGCUGUGGGAAUGGGCCGUGUUCGUGAUGCUGCACGAGCCUGACACGCAUGUCCGGGAGAAGGCCGUGCGGGAGCUGCUGAGCCGGCACUGCGCCCUGGCCGAGAGCCCCGAGUCCUGGGCCAAGGAGACCUUCCUGACACAGCGCCUCUGCGUGCCCCCACGCUGGAUCCACGAGGCCAAGGCGGUUCGGGCCAGGAUGGAGGGUGACAAGCACAAAGAGGCCCUUUUCCUGUUCAAGGCUGGCCACUGGAACCAGUGCCACAAGCUGGUAGUCAGGCACUUGGCCUCAGAUGCAAUUAUCAACGAGAACUACAAGUACCUGAAAGGAUUCCUGGAGGACCUGGCGCCUCCGGAGCGCAGCGCGCUCAUCCAGGACUGGGAGCUGGCGGGGCUGGUCUACCUCGACUACAUCCGUGUCAACGAGAUGCUGGACAGGAUUCAGCAGCUGGAUGUUUCCACCUACGAGCUGGAGCGGUUACACACCAAAGUGACGUCCCUGUGCAACAGGAUAGAGCAGCUGCAGUGCCACACGGCCAAGGACCGCCUGGCUCAGUCGGACAUGGCGAAGCGCGUGGCCAACGUGCUGCGGGUGGUGCUGAGCCUGCAGCAGGGCCCGGAGGCGGGCCCCGAGCCCGCGGAGCCGCGCGUGCCCCUGCGGCUGCUGGCCCCGCACAUCGGCCGCCUGCCCAUGCCCGAGGACUACGCGCUGGAGGAGCUGCGCGGCCUCACCCAGGCCUACCUGCGCGAGCUGGCCCUGGCCGCGCACUGACCGCUGCCGGCCACCCCGCCCGGCCCGGCCCGGCCAGCGCUCACCCAGGACUCGCUGCGGGACGAGCAGCCGGGGCAGAGCUGCCCGCCGGGAAACGCUCCGCGCCCGUCGCGGGCUCCCGCCCCGGCACCGCCCCGCGCGCACGGAAGGUCUUCAUGCAUGAGGAGUAUCGAAAGGUUUUUAUCAAAAAAAAAUAUAAAUAAAUGCUCUAGAUUAUUUUCCUGUCUUUUUGAAAACCACAAAUAAAAUGUUUAUAGUA